CGUUUUCCUGCUCCGCGCUAACCUGGGCCUCUCGUUGUAAACGUCUUAAAGUUUCGAUUUCCAUGACCGUAAAUCUAGCCGCGGAAUGGCUGGGGGCGGGGGAAGACAGCACUUUAGAAGUUGUCUAGGCCAGCUGCCAGCUUCCUCUUUUUACAGAUGUGGAAAAAGGCCCAGAAAGUGACUUGCUCCAAGACCUCAGCUGUAAAAUGAGAAUAAUAACACUUCCCUCCCAAGGCUUAUAACAAGAGCUACAUACGUCUGUUAUUAUCAUUCCACCAUGACAAUGCCUCUCUUUCGGUUCAGUUGGAUUCAACUCAACAAAUAUUCAUUAAAGACCUCUCUUAUGCAAGACCUGGUGUUAGACUGCCUAGGCACAAGCAAUUUUUGCCUUCAAGGAGCUUCUCUGUGGGAGAAUAUACUUUGUAUCGAUGUGGUGGUGUCCUGUGUCUGGCUCUUCAUAACCUCCUUAUGGGAUUUUUUUCUUUUUGGCAAAGAGCCUGGAGUGGUUUGCCAUUUCCUUCUCCAAGUCAUUUGACAGAUGAGGCAACUGAAGUAAACAGGGUUAAGUGACUUGCCCAGGGUGACGCAGCUAGUUGAGUGGCUGGCACUAAAUUUAAAUUCAGGACUUCUAAACUACAGGCUUGAUCCUCUAUCUACUGUGCUAUAAAAUAAAUACAAAUUAAUUUCAAGAGGGAUUCAGCACCAGCAACAAAGGACAUUAGGAAAUACCUUGGGUGGGAGGAAUCAGGAUAUUAAUUAAGAGGCAUAGAGAUGAAAGGGAAAACACUAGACACGGGUCCAAAUGUCAGCUUUUGCUAAAGUGCAGAGACCGGAGAUGGUGCAGAGACAGGAGAUGGAACAGAUGGUAGCCUUGUUUGGCUGAAACUGAGAUGGUAAUUAGAGAAGUAACAUGAAAUAAGGCUAGAAACCCAGGGGAGGGGCCUGUGGCUUAUUAGCAGUUGGGCCUCUUAAAGAGUUUCCUGCUGAGCUAAGGGAGAAAUCUAGAGGUUUGUGGGGACAGGCAGAGGAGCAUGGAGGUCGAGUUAAGAGUCAAGAGAGCUGAAAAUGAGGAAGCCAUUCCAAGGAUAUAAAGUAUUUUACAUACAUUGUUUCACGAUAGAUUCACAACUCCCUUACCAAUUAAGAACAAGGCAUCAUCAGCAUUUUACAGAUCAAAGAAUGGGAGACUGAAAAGCUAUAAGGUCCUAUCUUGUCUAAAUCCUUUUUAUUGACAGCUGAGAAAACUGAAGCCUCCAAAAGGAAAGUAGUCUGCUCAAGGUCAUUUGGGCCAUAGAAUUGGGGAGUGCUGAGGGUCGAAAAAUGAGUCUGGAGUCAGGAAACCCUGGGUACAAAUCCUGCCCCAAAUACGUACUAGCUGUAUCACCCUGGGCAAGUCACUUAACCAUAUAGUCUCAGUUUCCCUCAUAUGCAAAAUGGGAAUAAUAAUAGCACCUAUCUCACAGGAUUGUUGUGAAGAUCAAGUGAACAAUUGUAACUGUGCUUUGUAAAGAAUCAAGUGUAAAGUGUUUUGUAAAGUGCUAUAUUGGUGCUAGCAAUUAUUAUUAUCUACAUAAAGGAGAUAAUUAAAUCAAGGAGAGCUAAUGAGGUGACUAAGAGAGAAAACAGGAGAAAGAGAAGAGGUCUCAGAACAGAGCUCUGGGAUAUAUACUCUGAGUUAGCCAGCAUGACAUGGAUGACAAUUCAGCAAAGAUAACUGGGCAGCAAUGGAUAGUCCUGUAGAAAAACAGCUAGGACAAAGUUACCACAAUCCAGAGGACAGGAUCCAGGAAGAGAGUGAGGUCAAGCAGGAUGAGAGAAGAGGUCGUCAGUUUGAGCUCCUGAGAGAUCUUUGGUAACUUUGGAGAGAGCAAUAGCAUUUCAUUGAUGUUGGCAGAGAGUAAGAGCAAGGAGGUGGAUGCACCGGGGCAGUGGUAUAUAGCCCCUGAAAGCUGAAUCAAGCCCAGACUGCCACCUGGCUCCUUCUAUGAGUCCAGGAUGGCUGCCACUCCUGCAAAUCUCAUUCCUACUCCCCUCACUGGAACUGAGUUCCUCAAAUCCUCCCACUUCAAAAUUGGGUAUGAGCCCCGUCUUCAUGAAAAGUGUAUAAAGACUUCUAACAGCUGCUUUUCUGCCCACUGGGGCCUCCAUUCACCUUGCCCCUUUUGGCCAGUUCCCAGCAAGAGGCUCUUCCACCAGGACCUGGACAAGAUCCGAGAAAUCCAAAGCGAAAUGCAAAUGGCCUUUCCUGCUUAUAACGUGACCAACUUUGCAACAACCAACAAAUCCCAGAUGCAAAUAAGCAACCUGAAAAUGCAUGCUGAUCCCCGGAUCAGGGUCUUCCAGACCACUUGUCAAGAGAAGUUCACCUACCCAGGCUCUGAGCACUUCAAUACUUUCACCAAGGAAAGUCUCAGGAAGUUUGAGACAGACAGUUUCCCAGAGGGAGACAGGGACAAGUUGAGGAUCCCUCCAACUCAAAAUCAGUAUGCCUUCAGGGCCCAGCCCCAGACAGCCCCAGUCCGAGCUCCUUGUCUGCACCUGGGAGGACCCUCUCCCCUGAAGUGGGAAAUGGAGCCUUUUCCGGUUACCACCUAUCAAAACACAUUCCAGGGAAAAUCAUCGUCCCCCAGUGAUAUGUAUGAGAAGGUGACUUCCCACAUGGCAUUAGGAGACCCCAGACUUGACUUAGGAAAACACUUUUCAGAGCAGAAGAAUGCCUAUACUCUUCUGGACUUGCCCGAGCGCAGGUAUAAUAAGAACAAUGCUGCAGCCAAUGUUUUCUGUGUGAACAUCCGGCUUGGGGAUGACCGUUUCUAUGGUUGUCCCAGAGAUUAUAAGGAUAUGCCUUUCCCAGAUACACCUGAAUGUAUCUUUAGAGGAAAAGCACGUCCAGAUUCAUUAAUAAUGCCAGGGGACACAGACCCUGGAAGAGGCACGGAGAGAAACACCUACACUACAACCCAUCGCUCCUAUACCCCGAUAGAGAUUGCAAAAGUCACAAAAGCCACUGCAAAGCCAAGUUGUGUGAUCUUUGGGGAGGAAAAAAGGGCGCCCAGUUUUAUGAACAGCGUGUACCAGAAAUGUUUCAAAUCCCCAAGAACACCAAGGGUGCCCAAGGUGGAUUCUUGCCUCAUGAAGAGUCACAUCAAAAUGGGUUCAGAUGCGAUGCAUUUCAUGACUUCCUCAAUACCAAAGAUGGGACCCUAUUCGGUCAAGAAGCAUCCAGUGUCUGAGGAGAUAAAGCAGAGGGUUAAAUAUUCCCACAUCCUGCCUCCUGAAGCAUCCCACGAAUUUUCUACUGAAUACAAGGAUAACUACCCGUACAAAUAUAUCGGUCCGCUGGUCCUGCCGGACGGCAACCAAGGGCAAGAGAGCCAUGUGCCCAUAGGUAUUCACGGGAAGCGCUGGUCAGGCAAACAGGUGGUGAUUCCCUGUUGAGAAGGGCCACUCCGGCCGCCGUGGGCAUCCUCUUUCCAGGCCCGUCACGGAGCCUGCUUACCUUUAGCCCAUCGCAGACACCUGCCCUUUCCCAGCCACAAACCCUGCCCUGCCCUGCCCAGACGCAAUCUAUUUCUCUGAUCUUAGAGCAAAAGAACAACAAGGUUUUCUCUAACUUUAAAAGUUGUGACCUGAGUAUAUUGUUAGUGGCAGAGGAAAGGGCAACCUUGGGAACUCCUGCUAGCCUCAGCUCCUGGGAAGGGGGCUUGAAAGGGGACCCCCCCCCUGCACCCUCCUCCCACCCAAUAACGGCUGCAAUGUUGCCAGCGAUUUCAGGGAGCCGGAGACCCCGUGGCCAGUGUGGGCAUGGCUGUCUUUUGGGAAGGACAUUGAUAAACCAGAGUGAAACUGGGAUGCGUUGAGAAGGCCAAGCGGGGCAUGAGAAUAGCCUUCAAGUCACUGCAAGGUUGGGUGGGUGGAAGGAGGAUCUCCGGGGGGACGACACGACAGGGAGGCAAAUUCUGACACCAAAUAAGGAAGAAAUGACUAAGCUGUCUAAGAAAUGGCUGGGCCAGCUCCUGUCAAGGAAUCUGUGGAAGACGUCAUGCCUGACCUGGAAGGAGACUGAGCUGGAGGCCUCGGGCUGACAGAGGGAGGAUGGGCUGUCUUGGGAGAGCCUGGGUCCUAGGCCGGCCUACAGGAGAGAUGGAGAGGCCCACGGCACAUCCCCGAGGAGCUCAUGGCUUGCUGGGGAGACAACAGGGCAAAGUCAAGGCGGUAUUUGGAGCCUUGAGUGCUGAUGCUAAAUUACUGUAGACCUCAACAUGCUGGAGCCAGGAAGGCCCUCAGUUUCUUUUCUUUUCUUUUCUUUUUCCAUUUGAAUACAGGAAGGCCCUUAGAAUAGAGACGGUCAGAGCUGGGAGGGCCCUUAGGACAAAGAAUGUCAGAGUUGGCCCCUUCGAACCCAGAAGGUGUGCGCUGAGAGGGGCCUUAGGAUGCAGCUCAGGGCUGUGAGGAUGUCAGAACCAGAGGGCCCGUAGAACCCAAGGGUCGGGGUUGGGGGGUUCUUAGAACCCAGAAUGGCAGGCCUGGGAGGGCUCUCAGGACACAGGACUUCAGAGCUAGAGGGCCUUCAGAACACACUUCAAUAAAUAUGUGAUCUCA